AUGACGGCGUGCAAGGCGCUGCUUUUUCGCUCUGCGCUUGUCGCAAUACUAGUCCAUGCCGUCGGAGGCAACGAGUUCAGGACAGCACUGAGCAACGAUGGAUACACAGCAGCAUCAGCAGCAGCUGCAGGUCGCACGCCAGCGUUCGAAGAAGAAGAAGCUGCGCCCGUCAUGUUGGCAUCUUCCCGAGCAGUUGCAGCCGACAGGAGAAGCAGGUUCGAAGCGGAAGCCGACGUGAAUACAGGUCCCGAUCCGUUCUUCGCAGAUCUUGAGUUCGACGUGGCAAGACAAGAUGGCAAGGAGAUUCGCGAGCCACCGAAGAAGCUCUUGUUGCACAAGGUUGAGGUCUACGAGGUGGAGUCGGGCGGGCUUGGGAGGAGAUGGCGACAGUCGAGGACGGGCUGGACGUACAAGGACGGUUCUUCAGCUCUUCCACCAAGACAAGUUCUCUGCCCUGAUGAAUGGACCUGGGCUAGCGAAUGGAAAAUCGAUGGGUCGGGAGGGAGGGAUGAGGCGGGCUGGGAAUAUUCCAAGAGCCUGAUGAAGUUUAACUCAUUUCGCGGUGAGGAAUGA